UUUCCCAUGAUUCCCUUCCGAACUAACGUCCUAUGGAGAUAAAGCGUGUGACUGCGCUGUGUUAACGCGCUUCCAGGCAGCGAGAGGCCGGGGAUGUGAAGAUGCUGCGCAGGAAACCCACGCGCCUGGAGCUGAAGCUGGAUGACACGGAGGAGUUUGAAAGUGUCAAGAAAGAGCUGGAGAGUCGAAAGAAACAGAGGGAUGAGGUGGAUGUAGUUGGUGCCGCCACAUCCAGCGAGAUGAGCGACGCAUCAGGUGGCGGCACGGACGGGAAGACCAGGGAGCAGAUGAUCCACGAGCGAAUCGGUUACAAACCCCACCCAAAGCCUAACACGUUACCGUCACUUUUUGGGAACCUUCAGUUUUGACCAUUUGCAAGGUCUUGAGAAUCUGCAUCACACACAGACAUGUAUUAUGAUUUGAUAAUGCCUGACCUGAAAUAGACUGAAAGCAUUCUGGGUUUGGUUAACUGUGUGUUUGUGAUAACUGAUUACAAAGGACUAUUUUUCUACUUGAGUAAUUACAGUCUUGUCCGUUGGAUGUGGAAAAUUGUAUGUUUUCGCUUUACUGAAAAUACAACAAGAACAAGACGAGGAGAAACAUUUCAUAGGUGAGCCGAUCAUCAAAACGGGUUGGUUUAUAAAUGAGGUGGUCAAGAAGAAUAUCUUUGAAAUCAUACAAUAUUUAUUCAUCAUUUUCUUUAUGAUUACAGUACAUUACUCUACAGACUUGACUGAACUGUAAACAGACUUAAGAAAUCUUAACACUGCCACAGCACUGGAAAUGAGGUUCAGUCUACAAUUUUAGUUUUUCCCCACUCAAGACAAUGCGAACUUUGUUUUUGAAACAAAAUCUGCGUUUUGAGUAACCCCUGUGAUGGAGAACAGAACCUCAUAUCUACAAUUCUACAAAAACGAUGUGAAUAUUUUCUUUUAGAAUAGUUUUUCUGCUUAAAACAAAAAAAAGAAAAUUACAGGAAAAAAAUUAUAAAGGAACAAAAAAAAAACUUUUAAACAGGCUUUCUUCUAAAACCCACAUGCUUACUGGUUCAAAAUAUAUGUGGUUUUGCGAUUUUCUCAGUAAGAAAGCUUUGUGUUUACGAGCAAUUGAGACACUCUUUGGGCACUUUUAUUGGGUCCUGUAUGUAAAAGGCACACUCCUUUCAAUUAAGGAGAAUAACUAUCAUCAAUUUCCACAUAAAAUUCACAUUCCGAGACCCAGUAACUAUCAGAGCGAUGAACUUAAUGUUUUUAAUAGCUCAUGAUUUGCUCGACAUCACAAAUGUGCCACAAUUUUUCAUUUAAAAAUGUCAUAACGUAAAAGGAUCCACAUAAAGAUUGCCAGAAAACAUUGAUAACAAGUACAAUUGAGUGUUACAAAUAUAAAUUAUAAAACGAAAUCGGUGACACUGGCAUCAGAUAUAAUUGACUUUCCACUAAUCUCCCCGUAUUUACUUAAAAGCACUCCAAAGGGAGCAAAGUUCGACUUCAAACUCAAGAGUCCCAAAACCUCUCUUUCUUGUGCAAACAUCAUUCAGUCCAGUGUUUAUAUCUAAACAAUGGUCACUGAUUAUUAACGGUGGUUUCAGCGAUUUGAAACACUUGGCCAUAACAACCUCAAAAG